GUAUAUGUUGUUCAAUUAGAAGGAGCUUAUGCGUGGGUUCGUUUAUAUGGCGGUAAUGAACCACCGUGUUUUGACGCUGCACAUAUUGCGUUAAAGGUGAUAAAGCCGUUGGAAUGGGAGGAAUUGUUACCUGGAACACCGUGCGUGAUAUUCACACGUUUCAAUCCUCUCGAUGUCGUUAAUGAUGGAAUUGCACGUGAACUUACAGAGUUUGAAUCAUACGCACGUGCUAUUAUUGAAGAAUGUGAUGAAACGACAAAAACGGUUACUGUUCGGCUGGUUGAUUUCGGAUUUCGUCUUACGCAUUUAAGCGUUACAGCUAUUAAACCAUUAACGAUAGCAUUUGACGGACCACCGCUAGCAUUUCGACUGCAAAUUGAUUCAUUACCAAAACAACAGAAAGAAAGUUUAUGUCGAUAUGUAACGCUAAGCGUUCGAGUUACAGCAUUACGAAAAAAGCAAUUUUUGUCAUCGUCAUGUUUUGGCUUUUCAACACGAGUUUUCGUUUCUGCUUGGCUUAAUAAGGAACAUAAAGAAGCCGGUGGACGAGGUAUUGAGGCCGCAUUAUGUGGAAUUGCUAAAUAUCAUUCAGACAUGAUGAUGGUUGAGAUGCAAAAUAAUUAUGGCUUUCACUAUACGGCUCCGGCAUAA